AUGUCUAAUGGGCUGAGUAACACCAGCGCGGUUUCUGAGAAAGCUCUUGUGGGUGAGUAUGGCAUCACUAUUGUGAAGCCUACGGCAAGCCGGGCGACUUAUGGAGUGCUGUGUUUUGGGUCCGCACCAGUUUCCAAUGCCACUGAAAAUCUACAUGUUCCGUUCAAAAACGUGUUAUUUUGUGAAAAUAGCAGCUCUAGUGAAGUAGAUUUAACCUAUGCGGUGGUAGAUGGCGAGAAAAUUGAAAUCCAUCAGGAUUGCUUGGAUGUUGGGGCGUAUACCUUGGACUCGCUGCCGGACAUGGCACAUCACAUAAUGCUGCUUUCAUACCAACAAGGCAGCAAAAUUCCUCGCGUGAUGAUAGUAUUGAAUAACUUCGGUGGGCAGGGAAAUGCUCGUAAAAUAUACCAGAGUCAGAUUCUCCCUGUACUCCAAGCAGCACACGUGGAAUAUGCGUACAUGGAAACAGAGUACUCUGGCCACGCGUCUGAUAUUGCACGCGAAUUGGAAUUGUCCGAAUAUGACAUCAUUGCUUGCUGCUCAGGCGAUGGGGUGCCACAUGAGGUGAUGAAUGGGUUCUAUCAACGUGCCGAUCGUGAGCAGGCUUUUGAACAAAUUGCCAUCACGCAACUUCCCUGUGGCUCGGGAAACGCUUUAUCUCUCAGCAGCUUUGGCACAAAUAGUGCCGGGAUUGCUGCUGUCAAAAUGCUCAAGCUGGCCCGCAAGCGCAUGGAUGCCAUGGCCGUGACGCAGGGUAGCACCACCAAAAUUUCUUUCCUUUCGCAGGCGUAUGGAAUCAUUGCUGAUUCGGAUAUCGGUACUGAGCAUUUGCGUUGGAUGGGGCCUAUGCGUUUUGAUUUUGGCGUUACACAGAGAUUGAUUACUAAUACUACUUACCCAUGUGAUUUGUUCGUGAAAUACGUUUUGAGAGAUAAUGAUGAAAUACAGGGUCACUACAAUAAGCAUAGAUUCAACCCUGUGGAUGACCGUGGGGCCACAGAGCUGGAACUCGUGGCCAGAUUUCCCACUUUUGAUGUCCUCCCCCCAGCAGACUGGGAGCAACUUCCGCGGGAGAUCACCGAUAACCUCAGCAUUUUUUAUGUGGGUAAAAUGCCGUAUGUGCUGAGCGAUGCACAGUUCUUUCCUGCUGCUUUGCCAAACGAUGGGUGUAUGGACAUGAUAAUCACCUCUGCAAAGACUUCAUUUUUCAAGAUGGCCAAAUUGCUAUUCUCCAUCGACAAAGGAAGGCACAUAGACUCACCCGAUGUCUUACAUGCCAAGAUAUCUGCCUAUAGACUUGUGCCUCGGAUUGGUGCCGAAAAUCAUUUCAUUUCUGUGGAUGGUGAAAGCUUUCCUUUCGAGCCGUUGCAAGUGGAAGUACUCAGCAGAACGCUAACAGUUCUCUUGGAUGAGGGGGCGUUUGUUGACACAUGUUUAACUGGAGGAAGUUGA